AUGUUAGGAAAGGAUUUCAAAAUCGAGCGAAUGAUACUUGGUCCUUUAGAGAACAAUGUUUAUCUUUUGACAUUAGCAAGUAGGAUCAUUGUCGUCGAUCCUUCUUGUUAUGGAAGUGAAAUUGUAAAACACAUUAAAUCAGCCCAUCCAAAUGACAAAGUUGACAUAUAUCUAACGCAUGGUCACUCAGACCAUAUAGGUGGUGUACCAGAAUUAUGCGAUACAUUUCCAGAUUUAAAGAUUUACGCAUCUUCACUUGAUGAGCCAUUGUAUACAAAUCCGGAUUAUAAUCUUUCCAAAUAUAGUGGAGCUAGAUUUGAUAUCAAAAAGUACAUGGAUAGAAUGAUUUUUGUUGAUAAAUUAGAUAAACCAAAAUUAAACUUCGAUGGCAUUGAGUUUGAAGUCAUCCAAACACCAGGUCAUACACCAGGUGGAACUUGCCUAUACAAUAAAAGCGAAAGUUCUCUAUUUUCAGGAGAUACUCUUUUCCAAGGCUCUGUGGGCAGGUCUGAUUUCCCUCUUAGCGAUGGAAAGGCAUUAAUUAGGGGAAUUGUUGAUAAACUUAUGAAAUUACCUGAUAAUACACUUGUAUUUCCUGGCCAUGGAGAUCCAACAACCAUUGGUGAUGAAAAGAAGUAUAAUCCAUUUUUAGCUAUAAAACAAUAG